AUGUCCCCGGAAUCUGACCUGGAUCCUACUCCUCACUGGAUCUGCUCUCUAGAGGAUGAGUUAGGCUCAUUAAUCUGGGUAACACUUAGAGACGACACCUUUUACGUCGGUUUAUUUAAAAGCUUCGAUCAAUUUGGAAACAUUGUUAUUACCGACGCUGUUAAAAAGAUUAUUUUAAACAAUAAAAGGUCCUUCUCAGAUAUUUACUGCGGGUACACUGUAAUCAGAGGCGAGAGUAUAUCGUAUUUCUGUGCAAUAGAUGUUAUUUUGUAUCUAAAUCUCUUUAAUUACGAGAGUUUAGUUGAUAGGUCAUGGGUUAAUAAAUUGUACAAUAUGGCUAAAGUCAGAGGAAUUAACUACGGCUCAAUGAAGUUUGAUGUUGUUUUAAAUUAUAUACCAAUUGAAGAAGCGUUGAGACUGGAAAAGUUGGAAAAUGAAUCUAAAGGAUAUACUAAAUUGUCAAUAGACGACAUCAUCGCAAAUGAAUAAAUUAUAAUAUCAUUUUAUAAA